AUGGAGGUAAUUGUCCUGAGAUUAAAGAGUGAAGAAGCGUUCUAUUUUGGGGACAGGGACGCAGGUACUGAGCGGGUUGCGUCUGUAACAUUUAAAGAACCAAGACCUCUGGAGAUCGCAUUGUUACUAUCGGGUGCCACUAUUGUUGACCGAGUUGUCAACAUAGCGUCUGUUGAAAAUUAUGUUCCUACGAUUGUGGAGGCAUUUGAAGAGCAGCAAGUUGCAGUGAAUGAGGUAGAAAUUGCAAUCCCUGACUCCAUGACAAAUGUUGAGUGGUAUCAGAGCGAGGUUGUCCCCCUUCACUUUCCUCCCUUGUUCUGUUCUCUGUCUAAACCCUCCCUCGUAGCUGUUGAAGCCACAAAUCUCGCUGCCGUAGCAGAUUUCCUCCGGGUGCAUGCAGUGCCGAAGACAUAA